AUUAAGACAAUUAAUCAAAAUGCACCGUUUCCUUUCUCAAAUCAAAAUGUUCUCCUGCGCUCCAUAAACCGAGGGGUGAAAGUAAAGAACGAAAACUAUCGGUUCUUUAGAGAGAGAGAGAGAGAGAGAGACCAAUUGAGAAGCAACCAUCUAAAAUUAGCAAAUACUUUCUCAAGUGGUAGUUCUCUAAGUGCCAUACUGGGAUUUGAUACUUGAGGGGUUGACAAUUGGCUGGCACAAAUACUGGAAGCAUCUGCUAGUAACUGGGCUUUUGAGAUGGUGGCAAUUGCGAACACUGUGCUGCAAGAUCUUAACUGAGACUUGGUUGGUUGGGUUUCUAGAGAUCACCUUUAGAACUGCAAAAUAUCAAGCAUUGUCAUUAUUUUUAUUAAUUUCUUAAAGCUCAAUGUCUCUUCGAAAACCACCACUUCCUCGAAUCCUCCUGGAUAAUGUCUCAUGCAUGAGAAAUGCCCAACAAAUCUUGCGACAUGUAAAUGUCUCCAUUCAUGAUGGAGGGGCUCUUGUUCUGACAGGCAGCAAUGGCUCAGGCAAAACCACUUUCUUGCGAAUGCUAGCUGGAUUCUCUAAGCCAUCUGCUGGUCAGAUCCUUUGGAAUGGUCAUGAUGUGACAGAAUCUGGAGUCUUCCACCAGUAUAAGCUUCAUCUCAACUGGCUCUCCCUGAAAGAUGCUAUCAAAGAAAAGUUUACUGUCCUUGACAAUGUUCAAUGGUUUGAGAUUCUUGAAGGCAAGCAAGGGAAUUCUCUACCCGCCCUUGAGUUGAUGGGGCUUGGAAGAUUGGGAAAAGAGAAGGCGAGAAUGCUGUCGAUGGGCCAGCGGAAGAGGCUGCAGCUGGCGCGGUUGGUGGCUAUUGAUCGGCCAAUUUGGUUGCUGGAUGAGCCUUCAGUUGCAUUAGAUGAUGAGGGGGUGAAGUUGCUCGAGUGCAUUAUUGCAGAGCAUAGAAAGAAGGGAGGGAUUGUGUUUGUUGCAACACAUCUGCCAAUUGAGAUUGAAGAUGCCAUGUAUCUAAGACUGCCACCUAGAUUCCCUAGAAGGAUGACUUUGGUAGAUAUGCUUGAUCGCGCAGACAUCUCAUGAAACAGGAGAUGUAAUCUUGCUUUUGCACAAUUUUAUCAUUGCAGGCUAAACUCAGCAGUUGUUUAAUUGAUUGAGCUUUGCUGAGCAGUCUGCAUCAUUUAAGAUGAAGACACCCAUGAAGGAUUAACUCUGAGUGAAAUGGAUUUCUUUUAUCUAUUAGUUGUAGGAAAACUUGUUUGGAUAUAAAUGUUUGUCUUGUGAUUAUCUUGCUUACCUUCUUCAGUGAAGUGGAAGAUUGGAUCCAUGAGGAGAAAUAAAGAAUAAGAUCAGCACAUAUUUGAAUUGUGAA